CCCUGGCCCAAUGGCAGGCUGAGUCCCCCUGCUCCGUCCUGCUCCCGCCUCUUCUGCCCCUGGUGCUCCGCGCUACCUGCUGCCCCGCCACAUCCAGGGCAGAGAGGCGGGUGCGCGGGCGGGCGGCGGGCACCAUGCGGGGAGGCUGUCCCCGGGGGUGGGCAGCGCCACUCUCUGCCGCCCACCUGGCGCUGUGAGACCGGCGCCGCCACCAUGUUCCCCAGCCCUGCGCUCACACCCACGCCCUUCUCAGUCAAAGACAUCCUGAACCUGGAGCAGCAGCAGCGCAGCCUGGCCGCUGGGGACCUGUCCGCGCGCCUCGAGGCCACCCUGGCGCCCGCCUCCUGCAUGCUGGCCGCCUUCAAGCCCGAGGCCUACUCGGGGCCCGAGGCCGCAGCGCCCGGCCUAGCAGAGCUGCGCGCGGAGCUGGGCCCCGCGCCUUCGCCCCCCAAGUGCGCUCCUGCCUUCCCAGCCGCCCCCACCUUUUAUCCUCGUGCCUACGGCGACCCUGACCCGGCCAAGGACCCUCGAGCAGAUAAGAAAGAGCUGUGCGCACUGCAGAAGGCGGUGGAGCUGGACAAGGCCGAGACGGACGGCGCCGAGCGACCACGCGCGCGGCGGCGGCGGAAGCCACGCGUGCUCUUCUCGCAGGCGCAAGUCUACGAGCUGGAGCGGCGCUUCAAGCAACAGCGGUACCUGUCCGCGCCCGAGCGCGACCAGCUGGCCAGCGUGCUGAAGCUCACGUCCACGCAGGUCAAGAUCUGGUUCCAGAACCGGCGCUACAAGUGCAAGCGGCAGCGGCAGGACCAGACUCUGGAGCUGCUGGGGCCGCCGCCGCCGGCGGCGCGCAGGAUCGCGGUGCCCGUGCUGGUGCGCGACGGGAAGCCCUGCCUCGGGGACUCGGCGGCCUACGCGCCGGCCUAUGGUGUAGGCCUCAACGCCUACGGCUACAACGCCUACCCCUACCCCGGCUACGGAGGCGCGGCCUGCAGCCCGGGCUACAGCUGUGCCGCCUACCCCGCCGCGCCCCCGGCCGCGCAGCCCGCCCCCACCGCCAAUGGCAACUUCGUGAACUUCAGCGUUGGGGACUUGAACGCCGUGCAGAGUCCCGGGAUGGCGCAGGGCAAUUCGGGCGUGUCCACGCUGCAUGGCAUCCGAGCCUGGUAGGAAAGGGACCUGCCUGGGGCGCCCCAGACCUACUCCCACUUUUAGAAGGGCGACGGCUCCGGGGAAGGAAGGGCUCCCAACUAUGACCUGUCCCUCGGAUUUCACAAGCACCCCGGUGCUGGCCUGGGAACUUUCUCCGCUCCAUCCCCUUUGUUCCCCAGUGCGUUGACGCAGCCUGGUGUCUCUGGUCCCGGGAGUGCUCUUUCAGGGCCACAGGCACCCCCGACGGAUUCCACACUGGGACCCAGAGCCUGGGUGCGCGGGCCUAGAAUCCCGGAGCCUGGGCCCGGCGCCCGGGGCCCUGGCUGCUUUGCCGCCUCCCACCCACCCGUAUUUAUGUUUUUACCUGUUGCUGUAAGAAAUGAGAACCCUCUUCCCAUUAAAAUGAGUGCGCUGAC